UUAUAAGUGGAAGGAAAGCAAUUGAUGUUGCUUAUUUGCCGCCAUCGGUUGUGGAUUGGGCUAUUCCGCUUAUUAAGAAAGGAAAUUUUUUUAGUGUUUAUGAUCCUAGAAUAGCACCUCCUCAGGAUCCUGUUGUGAGGUUGUUAAUUGGCUUUGUGGGUUGUGUAAAUUGGUUCCAAAACAUUCAUGGAGUGGUUUCAAUAAUCCUUGUACGAAGUAAAAUAUAUUAAUUAUUGCAUUCUUAACUUCAAUUUCUUCAUGCAGGGGAUACAAAGAUCAAAGAGCAAAGAGCUGAUCUCAGACUCUACGUGGUUAGCUAUGCCUUACUCAUUAAUGCUUAUGGGAAAGCUAGGAGGCAGGAUGAAGCAUUAGCAGUAUUUAAGGAAAUGCUUGAUGCUGGUGUCAGGUGGUGUUUCUGGUGGUGGUAGAAACAUGGCUAGCGCCAGUGGAACAAAGGGUCCUUUUGAGAUCUCUAGACAACCUUCAAAGAGGAUGAUAAGGGAACCAACAAGGACUUUUGAGUUGCCAAAUGAAGAGAAUAUUAUGAAUGGUGAGAUUGUUCCUUCUUCACUGGAUGUUCUUGUGCCUAUUCUUAGAGCUGCUAUUGGUAUUGAAUUGGAGAAUCCUAGAGUUGUUUCUUUUUCCAUUGUUGUUGUUAUUGUUGUUUUUUAUUAA